AUGCCUGAUUCGACGGCCCUGCCUGCCCGCGGGCAGCCCCAUCAUUCCCACGACAGCGAGGGUGAGGAUGGCUCGUCGGUGGAGAGCUCCAGCGAGGAAGGGGAGGAGGGGGGGAAGAGAAAAGCAGUGACGAAGGCGAGUCGGAAGAAUCGACUGGCGUAUCCGUCCUCGCUCCCUCCGGUCCACAUUGGCUCGGACUCGGCGACUUGUACCUGCUCGGGCUUCCAGGGUCAUCCAGAGGGGGCGUGUCAGCACAUUUUUUGGCUCGUCGACCAACUGCACAGCUGCUUUAUCCAAGAUCCUCAGUCGAGGGAAGUGUCAUUGGCUCCGGACGGACGCCCGGAACGCCUUCCACCCAUAGAGGAGCUCUUGAAAGGCAGGCUGGAGGCCGUUGCCACGCAGCUUAAGUGGCAGUACUUACGGGACGAGGGCGAUGACACAGGCACAGGAAUGACGCGCACCGAAAAGGUCCGAGACAUCCUCUCUGCGUUCGACCAGAAAACCCUUCCUGAAGACUUCCGGCGAGACUUGAAUGAAACGACCCAGCAAGCGCGCACCGCAGAGCAGUGCGUUGUACAGGGAGACUUGAAGGCUACAAUGUUCCGGCUGGCAGUGCACGAUGAUGGAGUUUUCAACAGUCUGUGCAAGGCAAUGCCAGCAGGUGCGUGUGCGGCCAUUUACUUCGACAAAGUCCAAGACCAGUCCCGUCGACUCUUAGCCGACUUCGACCGCUACUGCACCAUGCCUGAGCCACAUGCCGACCCUACGAGCUCAGGUGGUCUCAUGGGAGUUGACGAGGUCGUGCUACAACUCCAGCAUUCAGUGGCCCGCAUCGCAGCCAACAUUGCAGCCCGCAGUCCCCACGGCAGCGAGGGCGCCGCCGAAGCCCUCGUGUCUCUACUGGAGUCUGUAGUGGCUCGUAACAACGAUCCCCUCGAACAAAACCGCUUCCGUGACUCCUUCAAUGGCGAAGACGAAGACCAGCGCAAUCUGUAUCAUUUGCUUAUAGGGUCCGUCGAAACAGACUCCGAAACAGACGCGCGGCACUUUGUUCUUCGCGCGCUUGAUUCUCUGCCGCCGGUGGAUCUUUAUCAAUUCGUUAAACGGCUGAGCGACAUCCUUCGCAAGAUCGAAGUCAACCGUGCCCCCAAACAAUAUCUUCUUCAUCUUGGCUCCUUGAUACGCACUGCUGAGUCUGCUGGAGUGAUGGGAUCGGGACAGAAACGACCCGCGGCUGGGAAUGGGGGCUCCGGGGGUUAUUCGAAACGCACCCGUUGA